UUGUGAUAUCUGGAUUACUAUCGAAUGUCGGUAUGAUAAUCUUAUCAAAGUUUAUCUCAAACAUUUUCGCGUUUCAUCGGUCAUACAGUUUAAUCUGAUUUAUAUAUAUAUAUACUACAAAAAAGAGAAAAUGUGAACAGGAAUAUUAUUACUUAUAAUUGAUGUCAUUAAAAGUAUGUAUAUAAUAUACAUAUGUAAUAAUAUAAAUCGGUAAAAAAUAUGAAAAUAGAAAAACAAAGAUAAUAAUUUUUCAUUGAUAUUAUCGUAUUGUCGUAUAUUAUCAUAUUAUAAUCAUCAAUUUAAUACUAGUUAAAAAUAUUUUAACACUUUUUUUUUUAUUAUGAAAAGUAAUAAUAAGAUGUAAAUAUUUAAAUAUUUUACUUAAUGCAAUCCUUGACGUUUAUAUAUAUAGAUAUUGCAUCGAUAAAUAUUAGUGAAAAAUUCUCGGCUUAUUUGAACAAGGAACAGGCGGUAUUCAUAAAUACACAAAUAUUUCAAUGUGUUAAAGUUCUACCAGUCGACAAGAAGAAAAUAUUUUAGCAGAGAAAUAUAUUUUGGAAUUACAAUCUUAUAGAGAGAAAAAAAAGAAGGAAAGAAACUUCCUUUAUAAAGUGCAAUAUUUAAAGAUUCAUCAUCAAAUAAAUUUAUAUAUCAAACUGAGAAAUAAAAUGAAAGAAGAACAAGCGGAACAAAUACUUAGCGUAUUAUAUAUUUCCUGUGCAAUUUUAUCGGUGACGUCUUUGAUCUGUUUGGUUACCAUUUGGCAAUAUUGGACAUAUACCUUGGAUGUUUGCGAUAGCAUCGACUGCGGCUGCAUAUUAUAUAGUAUCAAUACCUUCACUAAUUUUAUGGGAGGUGAUGAGAAAUUUUGUUAUUUUGGCGUAUAUGGUUUGAUUCCUACAAUUGUAAUCGGUUUAUGUCUCGGUGGAUAUCAUGGAUAUAGAAGUUGUAUUAAUAGAAAUUUAGAUGCGCCUGUACAAAUCUAUAAUGAUGUUAACAGAAAUUUAAAUAGCAGCAAAGCAACAACAACAGUGGUAAUAAGAUCUAAAAAUCGAACUCCGUAUAAACAAUGGAUACCUGCUGUGUUCCUUACAAUAUUACUUUGCUGUUUGUCAUUAGCUCAUGCAAUAGUGAUGACUGAUGGUUAUUACAAAAGUUGUGACCAAUAUAGAAAAAGACUAAUACAUCUUUUAAAUUCCGGACGUGAAGCCGAGGUUAUUCGUAACAGACUUUCUUGCGGGGCGAUCUUUGAUUUUAUGGAUUAUUUACAAACGGAUAUAGCAAAUAAUGAUAAAUGGAUAAUGAAUAAAGAGAUUGAUACUGGUUUUGCUUUUCGAUUAGCUAUUAUUUCAACAUGGUUCAAUUUCUUUGCUUGGACAUUUGCGUUCUUGCUGAACAUCAUUAUGGCGCGCAAAAGAUUUCGUUGUUGUUAAUAAGUUAUCGAUCAAAAGUUAUCGAUUAGAAAAC